AUGAGAUUCGAGACAGUCUCCGGGGCCGUGGCCCUUCUCGCCCUGAGCCACUCCGCGGCCGCCGACCCGGUAAACAUCAAGCUCCAGAGUCGCCGUACAAACCUUUCAAAGGCGAAGGCUCUCAGCAAGCGCGCGGCCACCGGCUCAGUCUCCUUGACCAACUGGUUCGAGAACUUUGACCUCCAAUGGAUUGGUGAAGUCGACGUCGGCACCCCGCCCCAGAAGCAUAUCGUCACCUUCGACACUGGCUCAACGGACUUGAUCCUUCCCUCAACAGCCUGCACGAACUGCCUCGUCGCCAAAGAAUUCAACGCCUCCUCCUCCACAACCUUCUCUCCCCAGCCCGGCUACAACGUCACAACCGCCUUCGGCACAGGCGGCAAGUCCGUCCCCUACGCCGUCCCGCAAGCCGCGUCCGGCACCGUCGUAACCGACGCCGUGACCGUCGGCAACCUCACCGUCGCGAACCAGACCUGGCUCCUCUGCGACACCUACGCCGAGGCCUUCAACGAAAUGCCCAACAUUGACGGCAUCUUCGGCCUCGGACCCCCUGGCUUCUCCCACUUCUCCGCCGAGACAAACGCCUCCUUCUCCACCUGGUUCUGGACCCUCGCGCAGAACGGCGGCGUCCCGGAACCCCUCUUCUCCUUCUUCCUCAACUCUGGGGAGGGCAGCGCCCCGGGCGAGCUCACGCUCGGCGGCGUGAACAAGGACUACUACGAGGGCGAGAUCGCCAAUGUCGACUUCAACAUGACGGUGUCCUACCUCGGCGGAAGCUGGUUCAUCGACCAGCCCGCCUUCUACGUCAACGGCAAGACCGUGUCCAACUCCAACGCCUCGGGCGAAGCGUUCCCCGUUGGCGUCUCCAACGUCGACACCGGCACCGCGUUCCUCCAGACGCCGGACUACCAGACCGCCAAGGAUAUCUACGCCGCUAUCAGCUCCGACAUCACCCAGAUCGACGAGCUCGGUGUCUGGGGCGCCCCCUGCGACGUGGUCGAGAAGCUCGACCCGGAGCUGACCUUCACCCUCGGCGUCGGCGACAACCUAGUCAACAUGACGGUCCCCAAGGGCGCGUUCAACUUGGGCGAGUAUCCCGGCCACAGCGGCAUCUGCCAGACCAUCUUCCUGAACCCCGUGCAGCCUAUUAGCGAACUGGCGUCUAUCUGGGUUCUGGGUAGCCCGUUGUUGAAGGGGUACUACACCGUGUGGAACGGUACGAACCCGGAGCAGCUUACCUUUGGCGUCGCGAGUCUGAAGGCGAAUGCCACUUCCACGAACGGUACUUCGAGCCCGACGGCUACGCCGACUGCUGUCAGCGGUGGGGGCAUCACCCGCCCGGCUGGCGUCUUUGCCGCGGUUGCUUUGGCGAUGCUUGCUUUGACUUUUUAG